AUGCAACAGUGUGUAAUUACUGCUAUAUCACAUUUGGAUAUACUUUCCAAUGAUACUUUACAAAAAAUUGAACAGUUUGUGAAGGAAACUUUGGGAGUGGAUCUGUCAACUAUAGAUAUAAAACAACUUUCUCCACGUGCAUACGACUACUUUGUAGAGAUUUCAGACUUGGAUAAAUGUCGAGAAUUGGUCAAGACUCAAUGCUUGAAGCAAGAUUACGACUUGAUAAUCCAGGCGGUUUCAACGAGACAAAACAAGAAACUAUUUGUUUUCGAUAUGGACUCAACUUUGAUAUAUCAAGAAGUUAUCGAGCUAAUAGCUGCAUAUGCUGGAAUUCAAGACAAAGUUGCAGAGAUCACAAACCGAGCUAUGAAUGGGGAAAUUGAUUUCAAUGAGAGUUUAAAGGAGAGAGUCGGUCUACUACGCGGAAUAAAUUCAACGACAAUAUGGCGCGAAUUGGAACAGAAAAUUGAAAUUACAAAUGGUGUAAAGCCCUUGACUAAAGCGUUGAAAAAUAUGGGAUGCACAUUGGCAGUUUGCUCUGGUGGAUUCAUACCGCUAGCAGAGCAUAUUAAGGAACAGUUGGGUUUAGACUAUGCUUUUGCGAAUAAAUUGAGUGUUGAUGACGAUAACAUUUUGAAUGGAGAAACAGUUGGCGAAAUUGUCAAUGGUGAAAGAAAGGCCGAGCUAUUGUUAGAGAUUGCCCAAAAGCAUAACAUAUCACCUGCAAAUGCAGUGGCUAUAGGUGAUGGGGCAAACGAUUUGAAAAUGAUGUCAGUUGCUGGUUUUGGUAUUGCUUGGAAUGCCAAACCAAAAGUUCAGUUAUUAGCUCCUGCAUGCUUAAACACAACGUCACUUUUGGAUGUAUUGUAUAUAAUGGGUCACACCGAUGAGCAGAUAAAGACCCUUAUAGAGUAG